AUGCAUUCAUCUUUUAUUAAUUAUUUUCAUAAAGAUUUGAUCAUAUUAUAGAUCAUUUAUAUCUAUUUGUGGUAUGUUCUUUCUUGGAAAUUUUAAAAUUUGGCUUAAAAUAUUGUGGAUUAUGAAGUUUAAACAAUGAUUAUUAUAACAUCUUUAGUAUUUGUUACUUAUACUUAUGGAGCAACAGUUUUAGUGAAUGCUGUCUUAUAAGAAGUCUAUCGAACAAUCAGGUAAUUGAAAAUAAUAUUAAUAUUUUUAGUUAUUGUACUGAUCAUCUACAAACAAUUAAAGAAUUUUAUGCUAAGAUUGAUGAAAUAAAGAAUAAGAUUCAAUUAGCCAUUUCAUAAUUGAUUGAUAAACUAAGAAGGAAAAAUUAAUGA